AUGUCAGUUUCGUUAUUACAACCUUAUUUUUUUAUGUCAAAGACAAAAAGCUACGCGCAAAUUCUCAUUGGAUCUCGGUUGUUCUUAACAGCGAUGGCUAUUCAUUUAAGUCUUCGGGUAGCACCACCAGAUCUUCAACAAGGUGGAAAUUCUCGUAUUUCGUAUGUACAUGUUCCUGCGGCUCGGAUGAGUAUAGUUAUUUAUAUCGCGACAGCUAUAAACAGUUCCUUGUUCCCAUUAACAAAACAUCCCCUUUUUCUUCGCUCUUCCGGAACCGGUACAGAAAUUGGUGCUUUUUCUACUUUGUUUACGUUAGUGACUGGGGGGUUUCGGGGAAGGCCUAUGUGGGGUACCUUUCGGGUGUGGGAUGCUCGUUUAACUUCUGUAUUCAUCUUGUUCCUUAUUUACCUGGGUGCACUGCGUUUUCAAAAGCUUCCUGUCGAACCGGCUCCUAUUUCAAUCCGUGCUGGACCGAUCGAUAUACCAAUAAUAAAGUCUCCAGUCAACUGGUGGAAUACAUCGCAUCAACCUGGGAGCAUUAGCCGAUCUGGUACAUCAAUACAUGUUCCUAUGCCCAUUCCAAUCUUGUCUAACUUUGCUAACUUCCCCUUCUCUACCCGUAUCUUGUUCGUUCUGGAAACACGUCUUCCUAUUCCAUCUUUUCCCGAAUCUCCCUUAACGGAAGAAAUAGAAGCUCGAGAAGUAAUACCACUAAAAACCUAG